AUGACUAAGAAUAACAGAAGAAUAAUCGAUGCCUUCAACUAUGGUGUGGAAGAAAGCAAAUUCUUCCUUUUUUAUUAUGAUACAGCUAAACCUCAGACUCUCUUCUCAGAAAUGGAAGCGGAAUCGAGAUCAGAGAAAAAUGAGCAUUUCCUGCAGAAGCUGGGCAAAAAAGCUGUCAACAAAUGUCUGAACCUGAGUAACAGCAGGUUAACCACGGAGGACGUGAGGGAGUUGGUUGCCUUGCUUCCUUUGCUCCCAGACUUGGAAGAACUGGAUAUUUCCUGGAAUGACUUUGUCGGUGGAAGCCUCCACCUAAUCACCCAGCAAAUGCAUCUCGUCAGCAAGUUAAAAAUCCUGAGACUGGGCAGUUGCGGACUCACCCCUGAUGACGUUGGAGCCCUAGGAGAAGCACUUAAAGCCCUACCUGAACUUACGGAGCUAAAUUUGUCCUGGAACAGAAAAGUUGGAGGACACUUGGCUCUAAUCCUCCAGAAAUUCCAAGAAGGAAGCGUGAUUCAAAGCCUUGAACUUGUAGGUUGUGCUCUCACACUGCAGGAUGGGACUUUUAUUGGACAAUUACUACCUAUGCUUCAAAAUCUUGAAGUCCUUGAUCUCUCCAUUAACAUAAACAUCAACGGCAGUCUAAACAGUAUUGCUCAGGGAUUAAAAAAGACCUCAAAUCUCAAAGUCUUGAAAUGUCAUGCGUGUGGACUCUCACGGGACAGUAUCAAAACAUUGGACACUGUUUUUCCACACUUGGACCAUCUCCGGCAGCUCGACCUUUCCUGCAACAAGGAUCUGGGUGGAGGUUUUGAAGACUCCUCAGCUCAGGUGCUGUUGAGUCACCUGCAGGCUCUGCGUCUCCACCAGUGUUCAAUGACAGCCGGGGACAUGGUGUCGCUCACCCAUGUUAUUCCCUUACUCUCGAAUCUUCAAGAACUGGAUCUAUCAGCCAACAGAAAGAUAGGUGGGUCUUCAGAGCACCUACUGGGCAGGCUCCGGGUUUUACCAGCUUUGAAGUCUUUACUACUCAGCAACUGUGCUUUGGAUAAGGAAGCCUUUACAGCUCUCGCUGAAGCCUCCGUGUACCUCCCUGCUCUGGAAAUACUCGACCUUUCUUGGAAUAAAUGUGUUGGUGGCAACCUGGAGCAGCUUCUGGAAGCACUAACACUUUCGACGUCCCUGCAGGCUCUGAAGCUGAGCAGCUGUUCUCUGGCGACGGAAGACGUGACUGUCUUGGCAUCGUUGAUGCAAACAGGUCGUCUGGCCAAAUUGCACACACUUGAUUUGAGCUAUAAUGACAGCAUCUGUGACACAGGGUGGACCAUCGUCUGCCAGAAUGUGCAGUUCCUCCGAGACCUGACUGAGCUGGACAUCAGCCUUCGGCCAUCCAACUAUCAGGAUUGUGGACAAUGGUUUGGGCACUUGUUAGGUGCCGUGGCCAAACUUUCUACAAUCACUGAGAUAGGUAUGAAAAGAUGGGUUCUCUCAACUUCGCAGGAAGAAGAACUCAAAAUCUUCAACCAGGGUCACAAGAGAACCAUUCAUUUUGACCACGAUGGAUUUUGUUAA